CCCCACCCUCGAUCUUCACUCAUUCCUUAUCUAUCUCCCUCCCAUCCCCGCAUCACAACACAAAACGCGCUCUCUCUCUCUCUAUGGCCACCAAUUCUCUUCAGUCCCUCCACCGCUACCCUCUCAGCAGGCGCCAGCACUCAGACAGCCUUCCCUCCACCCUACCCUCUUCUCUCUUCCUGAAACCCACCACCACAACCACCACCAUCACCUCUUCUACAUCUCUGUCCCUGCAUAAACUCUGCUCCACCAACUUCACUAUCUUCUCCACUACUUCCACCACAACCACUCCAACCUCACAAACACUCUCCUUUGACACCCUCCAACACCACCUAUCCUCCAAGGACUACCGGCAAGCCGACGAAGAAACUCGCCGUCUCCUUAUUGUCCUGGCAGGCGAAGCAGCUCAGGAGCGUGGCUAUGUCUUCUUCUCCGAAGUUCAAUUCAUCUCGGAAUCCAACCUCCAGACCAUAGACAAUCUCUGGCGGCAAUACAGUAAUAACAAAUUCGGUUACAGCGUUCAGAAAAGAAUAUGGGGGAAGGUUAACAGGGACUUCACCAGAUUUUUCAUGAAGGUUGGCUGGAUGAAGAAGCUAGACACUGAGGUUGAGCAGUACAAUUAUAGGUCUUUUCCAAGUGAGUUUGUUUGGGAAUUGAAAGAUGACACGCCUGAGGGUCACCUCCCUUUGACAAAUGCUCUCAGAGGGACCCAACUUCUCAAGAGGAUUCUAAGCCACCCUGCUUUCCAGUCCAUGGAAGAGGAAGAAGAUGACAAUGACGGGAACAAAGACAAGGGAGCUGAUGAGAUGAAGCAGAACCCAAAACCUGGAGAUAAUAAGAGACUAUCCAAAUCAGAUUAUAGCUUCUGAGUUUGGAUUUCUCCAAGAUCUGUUAUGAAUUUCUAUUGUGUUCUACUUUUCUGUCAUUUUUAAUCC